UUAGUACUUUGUGGAAAUCAUCAAAACAGAAAAUCAACCACCCAGGGUCUAGAGUUCUUUCUUUAUGUUUAUAGCACAAAAUAAUUAAAGACAAUGAAACCAAGGAAGAAACAAAGAAUUAGAAAGAAAGACAAGAUAAAAGAUACAAUUGAUGUUCCAACAGAAAAGGAAAAAGAUAUUGAGAACGAUGAAGUUAAUAAAUCAGGAAUAACUUCCAAAAUUGUUGAGAAACAGAUUUCCUCUCAACCAAAUGAAAAUAUUAAGCAUGCAGACCAGGAUUAUGUGUCUACCCUGUCUUUGGAGGUUUUAUGUAAUAUCAUGAGAUACCUCCACCUACGUGAUUUUCUCAAACUCGAUCAUCUGAGUAGAAAACUCCACAAUGCUGUUACUAUGCAUCUGCGGGUAAAAAAGAACUUAGAUUUUUCUGAAGGGGAGUUGAUAAGUUGGAUGAGUGAUCGCUUGUCUGAUUCUUCCCUCCUUCAUUUGUUUAAGCGUUGUCUUGACCUGCAAUACAUUUAUGGAUUCCAUCCGCCAUAUCUCUCAAAAAGACGGCAGCGUGGAACAAAGAAGCUGAGUAUACCUGGUAUUAUUGAAUCAUUGUCAGUAUUAACUCAACUGAAAGGUGUAGAAGUCUCGGACACACUUGUAUUAGGAACUUUAUUCACUUAUUUUGCACAUGUUGAGGUUCUUGGAACAUUUCGUAACAGAGACGGAUGUUUCCCCAUUGAUGAUUUCAAUGUUCUACGCAUUCCUGAAAAUCCCAUGAUAACAUCUAUGCAUUUAAUAGGGAUAGUUAUUCCCAAGUUGCCAGCAUUGAUACAUUUGAAACAUUUACAGUUACGAUAUGUACAUUUCAUUAAUCCACAACCAUUUAAAGACUUUGCAGUACCAAGCUUAAAGAGUUUUGUUAUGGCUAACUGUGCAGGACCUACAAAUGUCCUGAAGUAUGUUCCACUGAUAGCUGGACUGGCAGCUGCAAGGAGCUUACAGAGGAUGGAACUAAUCAGAGUUCCUUUUCUGGGUGGACUAUUACACCAUGUUAUACAUGAUGGGGGAGCAAGUUUGAGGGGUCAUAGAUUUAAGAACAUGCAGACCAUGAAGUUUGGAGCUUGUAAACAUGUUAUUGGUAUGGAUAUAGGCUUCCUGGCUAUAGCAUCUGCAGAAAGUUUAGAGGAGAUGUAUCUUCAGCCAUCCCUGACAAAGGACAGUCUUUUCAUAGCUUUGAAGACAGCAUUUGUACAAUUUCCAGUAUUUGACAGACUUUACCUUGGCUACACUGAACCUUUCCAGGAAUCAGGUAACUGGACCAAUCAAGACCUGGUUAUUGAGGGACUGGACAGUGUAACAGAAUCCCCCUCUACUAUAACAGAUGUUGGAAUGAAGGCUGUAGGGGAGUGUUUUCCUACACUUAGAUAUUUAGAACUUUACAACAGCCCACACAUACAUAAACCAACUGAUUGGUUUUCACCAGAUGCUAAUGCCUGGGAUUGUCUACGUGAGCUGGUAUUAAGAAGAUGUCAUUCUAUCAAGUUAGAAGAAUUUUGUGCAUUUAUACCUUCACUCCCAGUGAUAGAGGCCAUUCACUUAGAACUGAUGUUUAGGGAACCCCCUAAAGGAUGCUCUAGGGUUGGUUUGAGUGCAGGCACUGGAUUUGGUUUAUCAUCUUCUCUUAUCCCUGAUGCUCCUGUGGUUCAGAAUAACCAAGUUCCCAAUCAGAAUGAAGUUAAUAAUAAUUUGAAUAAUAUUGCUGCUAAUCAAAAUGCAAAUAACAAUAUGAAUAAUGUUGCAGCCAAUCAAAAUGCAGAUAACAUAGCACUUGAAAAUGCAGCUGAUGAUCAUGAUGAAGUCAAUAUUGUUGUAGUCAAUGGACAUUUAGUGAAUAAUUUAAAUGCUAUAGAACCUAAUGUUGAAGAUGGUAAUGAUGAUGCUGAUGUUGCAGCCAAUCAGAAUAUUCCUAUCAAUAUUGAUUUAGCCAAACAGAAGGAUAAUGAUGCCGCAUCCAAUCAGAAUAUUGCUGACAAUGGAAAUUUAGCCAAUCAACAGCAAGGUCUUUGUGAUGUUGAUGAUGCUAAAAAUAUUGAAAUGAUAGACAUGGAAGCUGACAGCAAAACAAAUGAUUCAUCUAGUAAUAACGAAAAUAGUAAAGAAAUGUCUGAGACUGCAACUUCCAAUGAAAGUUUAUUUCAUACAGAAACAGAAAAUAAUGUUGGACCUGCAAUAAGUGCUGAAUUAAAUGAUGACAAAAAUUCAUUAAAAGAUAAGUCAGCAUCAAGUUCCACCUAUAUUUCUGAAUACAGUAUUUCUUUGCCAACAAGCAGACACAAAUGUCAGUCAGAAAGCCAUAGAUGUGGUACCCAAAAUUAUAAGGAUCAAGCUUCUAAUGGAGGAAAGUGUGUUAAUAGAGACAAUUUGCCUUCAUUUUCUAAGUCUUCUAUAAAAGUUAGUUCAGAUGAAAAUGUAAUAAAUAGUAAUUCUGUAGAUACAAUGUCAUCGCCAGAGGUAAAACCUGUUGAGGGUAAAGGUGUGUGUGAUAGAAAUCCUUCAUCAUGUGUGACUGGUCACCCAUACAGAUGCAAAAAAUGUGAUUCAGACUGGUUGAGUAAAAAGGAAACGUCAGUUAUAACUACUGAAUGUGUUCUAUGUCAAGGUAAUAGUGCAGAAAGUUACGACAAAAUGGAAAAUAGUCGUGUGUCACAAACACAGACAUGCAAAAUAUCUAAUGAAAGUGCAGAAACUGAUAAUGUGUCAAAUAAUUCACUGUGUGUGACAGAUAAAUCUCAAUGUGAGGUCAAAGAUGAUCAUGAUUUAUAUGAAAAAGACACACAUGAUCUUAAUAAAAAUGAUUCCAUACAUCAGGGUAAAAGUGUUUUAGAGUCAGACAUUUUGACAGAGGAAGGACAAUCUCAUGAAAUAAAUGAACAAUUUGGACAGGAAGUAGUGGAUCAGGUGAAAAGUGAGAACAAAACAGAAUCGUGUGCUGCUAAUUCUGAAUGUAGCACAUCAGGUGUUGCUACGCGAAAUGGGAAAAGUUUGUACGGAAAGAAAAAGGGAUUGGUAAGGAAAACUAAAUCACAAACUUCAGUAGCAGAGGGGUGUAUGGAAAGUGUUGAAAACUUGGAUAAAGAUUCAGUUGUGCUGAACAAUGCGUCUACAUCUAACUGUGACAAUGAAACAUCAAAGAGUGAAACUAAAUCCUCAGGAAAUCAAAAGAGUAUAAACUACAUAAAGAAUGUACAAAAACCUAGGAAAAGAGAUAAUGAUAAAAGGGAAGUUUUUAUUUUAGAAAAUAAAAAUGAAGAAAAUGGAAAAGAAUCUAGCGAUAAGAAAUAUGAAGUAUUUAUGAACCCAGCAUAUACAAAAUCAGAUAAUUCUAGUGUAGUGAACGAUAAUGAUUCUGAGGAACAGCAAUAUUCAUGUCCCAUGACACGAUCAAAAUCCCGUCAGAAACAAGAAGAUGACCAAAAUGAAGUAGGAUUAGAGGACAGAAAAAGGAAGUCUGUGUCAAAUUUUGAUACACCGAGUAAUUUUAAAAAGAAAUGUGUUGCACGCAAAGUAAUAACAUUGAAGAUUAUGUUUGAUCGAUGGUGCCAAGUCAAUGUUAGUGAUCUCAGACAAACUGCAGGCACUGCAAGUAAAGAUGGCCAGAAUUCCUGUGGUACAAGUGGUUAUAUUAAGAUUGUCCAGAAAUCUAAGAAGUCUCCUGUUAUGUGUGAUAAGAUGACCAGUACCAGUGACCCAGUCAUGGAAGAUGAUCGUGUUCAGGUUUUGACAUUAAAGUCUCGUUCCUUACAGUGUAUGACACUGAACAUGGUAGGCAUUACAGAUUUGAUACUGGAGGACUGUCCAAAACUUAGUAAAUUAUCAGGUCAUGCAAGCAGAGUAUUGAAAUCCAUGACAGUUAAGAAAGCACCAGUACUGAAUAGAAUAGACUUCACCCAGUGUAAGAAGCUUGAUGAGAAUGGCAUGGUCAAACAAAUAGGAGAUCUUCAGAGUAGAAAAAGCAGACUUAUCUUUCUUAGGCCGAUGCAUCAGUUUGAUGCAAGAACUUUGGAGAGAGACUUGUUUUCGAAGAAAGAUAUUGACUAUAGUAUAUGUAUCAUUUAUGACCACAGUCCAGAACCUUUAGAAACUAUGUAUAACAGAGUUCGUGUUCAAACCUGGCAGGAUCUCAUAGCUGGAAUGAAUCUAGAAUUGCUUAAAAAUUAUGGUUAUAAAGAAUGGGUACAUCAAGAAACUGAAGACAGAGAAAACUAUCCAUGGGGAAGGUCUAUUUAUACAAUGUCAGGUUACAACAGCAAUUCUUCAAGGUGGGAAUUACUUACAGAUAUACCAUGGUUGCGACCUUUAUAUGAGUCACCUGACCUCAACUUGGGUCAAAAUAACAAGCAUCCGGAUGAUGCAAGAGCUGGUGUGUACUGUCCAAGUGCCAAAGGUCAUGACACUGUCAAGGACUGUAUAUAUGACUGCUUACCCAGUAUUGUUGAUGGUUUAACUAUGGAAAUGCCGUUACAUAUACAUUCACUUAUUGUGUAUGUAAAUUUAUGUGAUAUCCAUGGAACACCAACUUAUGAUCCAUAUGCAUAACAUUGUUAAUUUCAAAUAAUUUGUGUGAUAUCCAUAUCCAUUUGCAUAAAAUUUAUGUGAUAACUAUGGAACACCAGCUUAUAAUCCAUAUGCAUAAAACAGUUAAUUUAUGUGAUGCAUAAAACACUUAAUUUAUGUGAUAUCAACAGAACACCAACUUAUGAUCCAUAUGCAUAAAACACUUAAUUUAUGUGAUAUUCAUGGAACACAAACUUUGAUCCAUAUGCAUAAAACACUUAAUUUAUGUGAUAUUCAUGGAACACAAACUUUGAUCGAUAUGCAUAAAACACUUAAUUUAUGUGAUAUUCAUGGAACACAAACUUUGAUCCAUAUGCAUAAAACUGUCACUUUGUCACAUAGAUAAUAUAUGUGGUGUAUUGUAAACAUUCAUUCAGACAAUUUCAAUUAAAACUUGUUAUCAACUUGCAUAAAUGUGUUUUGAAUACAUAUAUUUGACAUA